AUGCGCGACUUCAUACUGGCCUCUGUGGUCACGGCCUCAGCCUUGUUCGCUGGACAAGCUGAAGCCGUCGCCGCCAACCCUCUUCCCAAGCCCACGAGCAUUACCUGGGGCAACUCUGGCUGCUUUUCUUUUGGAUCCGUAGAACUCGACGCACAGGACCAUGAGGUGCUUUCCGCCGCCUUCGAUCGCGUUACGAAGACUAUCGCGGAGCUGAAAUGGAUUCCCGCAGCCACUGAAGCCCCAGUCACCUCGUUUCAGCCUUUUCCAACCCCGACCGGUGUGUCACGAAAGAGCAGGAGGCAGUAUAAUGCGCCACCGGGAGGGAACUGCACUGGUACGAUCACCAAGGUCAAGGUUGAUAUUGCCGAUGCACAUGCUCAGCUCCAACAUGGCGUUGAUGAGUCCUACACACUCGACCUCGUAGCCGGCUCGGAUACCGUAGAUAUCACUGCAGGAACCGCCUACGGCGCCCUCCAUGCCCUGACGACACUCCAGCAAAUCGUCAUCAACGAUGGUUCGGGCAACAUGGUCAUCGAAGAACCCGUCGCCAUCAAGGACGCGCCACUCUACCCCGUCCGCGGAAUCAUGAUUGACACUGGUCGUAACUUCAUCACCAAGGCCAAGAUCUUUGAACAGAUCAACGGAAUGUCUCUUUCCAAGCUCAAUGUCCUCCACUGGCAUCUUAUUGAUUCUCAGUCCUGGCCCGUGGAGAUUAACGCCUUCCCCCAAAUGACUGAAGACGCCUACUCCGCCAACGAGGUCUUCACUCAAGACAUGCUAAAGGAGGUCGUCGCCUACGCCGCCGCACGGGGCGUACGAAUCAUCCCUGAAAUCGACAUGCCAGGCCACGCCAGCUCUGGCUGGGCGCAAGUCGACGAAUCCAUACUAACCUGCCAACACAGUUGGUGGUCCAACGACAACUGGGCACUCCACACCGCCGUAGAACCCAAUCCAGGCCAACUCGAUAUCCUCAACAACAAAACUUACGAAGUAACAGCUAAGGUAUACAAGGAAAUGACACAAGUCUUCCCAGACAACUGGUUCCACAUUGGCGGCGACGAGCUCUUUGCAAAUUGCAACAACUUCUCCUCUGCUGCUCUCGCCUUCUUCAACAGCGGAAAGUCAAUGGGCGACCUCUACCAAGUCUGGGUCGAUCGAGCCCUUCCUAAUUUCCGCGCGCAAGCCAACAGGACUUUCGUCAUGUGGGAAGAUGUCAAACUCUCUGCUGAUGUAGCUGCCACUGGCACCGUCCCCAAAGACGUUGUGCUACAAGCUUGGAACAAUGGCCUCGACCACAUCAGCAACCUCACUGCACAGGGCUACCGCGUCAUCGUCUCCAGCUCCGACUUCAUGUACCUCGACUGUGGAUUUGGAGGCUGGGUUGGCAACGAUCCUAGAUACAACGUCAUGGUCAACCCUAAUGCAACAGACGGUUCCCUAAACUUCAACUGGGGCGGCGGCGGCGGUUCCUGGUGCGCACCCUACAAGACCUGGCAGCGCAUCUACGACUACGACUUCACGCUUAACCUGACCGACAGCCAGAAGGCGCUUGUACAGGGCGCCAUUGCACCUCUCUGGUCCGAGCAAGUCGACUCUGUAGUCGUGUCUCAGAAAAUGUGGCCGCGUGCUGCUGCGCUUGCGGAACUCGUCUGGAGUGGAAACAGGGAUGAGAAUGGCAACAAGAGGACGACGGAGCUGACGCAGCGUAUUCUCAACUUUAGGGAGUACCUUGUCGCUGUGGGUGUGCAGGCUAGUCCGCUGAUGCCCAAGUAUUGUCUUCAGCAUCCGCACGAGUGUGAUCUGUAUUUGAACCAGACGGCGUUGCAUACACCUGCUGCAUAG